GAGGUGGGACUUCCGGGCGGUUUUUUUUCUUUUUCUUCCCUCGGAUAUGACGACAGAGUGUCAACAUGUAAGAUGGCGGCUCAUCACCGACAGAAUACAGCGGGGCGGCGGAAAGUGCAGGUCUCUUAUGUAAUUAGAGAUGAGGUGGAGAAGUAUAAUCGCAAUGGGGUAAAUGCACUACAGCUGGAUCCAGCGUUGAACAGACUUUUUACUGCAGGUCGAGAUUCAAUCAUCAGAAUAUGGAGUGUAAACCAACACAAGCAAGACCCCUAUAUAGCAUCAAUGGAACAUCAUACAGACUGGGUGAAUGAUAUUGUACUUUGCUGCAAUGGUAAAACCUUGAUUUCGGCUUCAUCAGAUACUACUGUUAAAGUAUGGAACGCGCAUAAAGGGUUUUGCAUGUCAACCCUAAGAACCCAUAAGGAUUAUGUGAAAGCUUUGGCUUACGCAAAAGACAAAGAAUUGGUAGCAUCUGCUGGGUUGGACAGACAGAUAUUCCUCUGGGAUGUAAAUACACUAACUGCACUGACUGCCUCAAAUAAUACUGUCACGACUUCUUCCCUUAGCGGAAACAAAGACUCAAUCUACAGUCUUGCUAUGAAUCAGAUGGGAACAGUAAUUGUGUCCGGGUCCACGGAAAAGGUUUUAAGAGUAUGGGACCCAAGAACCUGUGCAAAACUUAUGAAACUCAAGGGACACACGGACAACGUUAAAGCUUUGCUACUGAACAGAGAUGGUACACAGUGUCUUUCUGGAAGUUCCGAUGGAACUAUCCGACUCUGGUCACUUGGUCAGCAGAGAUGUAUAGCCACAUACAGAGUCCACGAUGAAGGCGUAUGGGCACUUCAAGUCAAUGAAGCUUUCACUCAUGUUUAUUCGGGUGGAAGAGACAGAAAGAUAUACUGUACAGAUUUACGAAACCCUGAUAUCCGUGUGCUUAUUUGUGAAGAAAAGGCACCCGUUCUUAAGAUGGAACUUGAUCGAUCCGCUGAUCCUCCCCCAGCACUGUGGGUUGCAACGACAAAGUCUUCUGUGAACAAAUGGAAUUUGAAAGGAAUUCACAACUUUAGAGCAUCAGGUGAUUAUGACAAUGACUGUUCUAACCCAAUCACACCCCUGUGUACACAACCGGAUCAAGUUAUCAAAGGGGGUGCGAGUAUCAUUCAGUGCCACAUUCUCAACGACAAGCGACAUAUACUAACCAAAGACACAAACAACAACGUGGCAUAUUGGGAUGUAUUGAAGGCAUGUAAAGUAGAAGAUCUUGGAAAAAUGGACUUUGAAGAAGAAAUUAAGAAAAGAUUCAAAAUGGUGUAUGUACCAAACUGGUUUUCAGUAGACUUAAAAACUGGGAUGUUAACUAUCACCUUAGAUGAGAGUGAUUGCUUUGCAGCUUGGGUCUCAGCCAAAGAUGCUGGGUUUAGCAGUCCAGAUGGAUCUGAUCCAAAAUUGAACCUCGGGGGGCUUCUGCUGCAGGCUCUGUUAGAAUACUGGCCUAGAACCCACAUCAAUCCCAUGGAUGAAGAAGAAAAUGAGAUGAAUCAUGUGAAUGGUGAACAGGAGAACAGACUACAAAAAGGAAACGGCUACUUCCAAGUGCCGCCACACACACCCGUUAUUUUUGGGGAGGCUGGAGGACGCACUUUGUUCAGGUUGCUGUGCCGAGAUUCUGGUGGUGAAACUGAAUCCAUGCUCCUCAAUGAAACUGUGCCGCAAUGGGUAAUUGACAUCACUGUGGACAAAAACAUGCCGAAAUUUAAUAAAAUUCCAUUCUAUCUCCAACCUCAUUCCUCUUCCGGAGCAAAGACGUUAAAGAAGGAUCGGCUCUCGGCCAGUGACAUGUUGCAAGUUAGGAAGGUGAUGGAGCACGUUUACGAGAAAAUAAUAAACCUCGACAACGAGUCCCAGACAACAAGCUCUUCCAAUAACGACAAAACUGGGGAACAAGAAAAAGAGGAAGACAUCGCCGUCUUAGCAGAGGAGAAGAUCGAGCUCUUGUGUCAAGACCAGGUUUUGGAUCCAAAUAUGGACCUUCGAACCGUCAAGCAUUUCAUAUGGAAAAGUGGGGGGGACUUGACCCUUCACUACCGACAGAAGUCAACGUGAACCACCUGGUGGAACCCAACUGGUUAUUAACUAAUUUGAGCUUCCCGUGCUGGAUCCGGCUUAGUACUCUAGAAGCCCACCUAAAUGCUAAGAUCUGACACUUUUAAUGACUCAGCGCAGACAGAAUCUACUUGAAGUGACUAAUAAAUCUGUAACAUAGAGGAAAUUUGUAUGACUUAAACUCAAAAGUUGUCUGUAGCCAGGGGUCAAGCAAGAGUGAUACAAGAAGCCCUUGACGGGUUCCUGUUAAGGUGCCUACAGAGAUAAGGUGACCCAGUGCAGGUAUCUAUGCCCGUUCUUCCUUUAUUUCCAAGAUGAUCAUCCUUUAUUCACUCAAGCUUGCUAUGAAAUUUUUUUCAGUCCUGCUGCUAACUCAUUUUCAGGUUAUUAUUUUUUUUAGGAAAAAAACCGCCUGCAUGUACUGUAUUUUGCUAAUACAUUCCACGUAGUGAAUUUUGACCACUGUCAGAUAAGUCUACUUACCGUGCAACAGAUUACUCUUCUUGAACAGUUUCUGCAGUCUAGACUGGAGAGGCUAAUGUCCCUGCUGAUGAGCAUCUUUCAUCUGUGAUUUUUCUAGGAAAACAUUUUGAUACUGACUCAAGAAUCAGUAGGGGCUGUGUUAUUACAGGGUCAGUUCAAUGUGUGAACAUCACAAUGAAUUCAUUCAGCAUCUUUAAAGUUCAAAAUACAUAAUUUCCGUUGUGCUAGAAAGCAGCACCCUGGUUCCAUAGGAUCAUAUUUGACAUUUGGCAGAAAACUUGACCUGUGUGAUAGCAAAAAAAAGGUUUUCCGUGAAUUGUUAUGUAUGUAUUUUUGUUGAUGUUGUAAGCUGUACCACAAGCUCUGCCCAUCUUGGCUUUUUAUUUUGCACUGUCGCUUAAAAAAAAAAACACACACGUGACAGCUCUUUCAUAUUUGAUUUGUACUCAAGUAAGUCUAAUUUAUUACAGAAAGUGGGAGGAAGUGCCCCUGUGGCUAAACAAGAAAAACUGAAUUUGUUUUAAUUGAAACAGCAGCUUUCUGAUAAUAGUGUAACAGUUUUGAUUUGAAACAGGAGCACAAAAUGCCUUUUUAAAACAGUCUGAUAAAUCUGUAUCCUUUCUUUCCCUUCCCUCCUGAAAUUUACAUUUUUUCCUUUCCUGAUGAGAGUUGGAUUUAGACUGCACCCGUUACUGAAGAUUUAUUUGAACUGUAGGUGCAUAAGGAAGAAAGCUUGGUUUUGGCUUUGUUUUUGCAGUAUGUGAGGUGUUUGUACACUCCCUAUAUAAGUAGAGAGGAGCAAGGAGUGGACAUUUUACUUAACAGUCCCGUUGAGGCUGGACAUGAAUUAUACAAAUCAGUAAAAAUAUAGGAUGUUGUUUUAUUGACUAAUAGUAGGAUAUCUUUUGAGCUAUUCAGCUGUCUUUUUCUGAGCAUUUUUCUUUCAGAAGAGAAUAAUUUUUCUACUUACUGUUGCAAGGGAAAUCACAGCUGCUUUCAGGUAUUUUUUUCCCUCCCGUUUGUAUUGUGUGGUGUUUGUAACCACAUAAUAUUUAUUUAGACAUUGCAAGAUUGUCAGCGUGAUUGUGGUGCUGCAGUUAGACAUGUUUGGGUUGGCCACGUGUCUUCCAGCUAACUCAAGUUGUUGAAUGAAGAUCUGAUUUGAAAGGAUGCUAAGCCUCUUACUUUGUGUAAAUUUCAUCUUUAUGUACAGAAGUGUAGUUUGCCACAUCUGUGCAAUAUUGCAGUUGAGUGAAGUAGGUUAAUUCAUUGAUUAAAGCUAACUGUAACUUGUCUGGGAUUAUAAUCCUUAAAAGUAUGUAAUGCAAAUUUUAUACCUUCCACAUUGCCACCACAUUGCCACCAACUCAGUUCUCCUGUUUUAUUUUUAAAAUCAGCCAAGAUUUCAAUUUCAUUUCCUACACCCAGAAGGAACCAAUUUUAGAAAGAUUAGCAGAUGGCCUGCCAAUACCAAAAGAACAAAUAUGUACUUCACAAUUGUAUAGAAGUAAUAAUAAAAAAAUCUUUAGUUAAAAUUUUAA